AUAACUUUUCUCUCCGGUUAGUUUUCCGAUGACAGCUGAACAAACCGGGCGCAAAAUAGGCUGCACUCGCGAACGGUCAACUCGAGCGGACGUGAAUCGUACUAGGCCGAACGGAAACGGAUACUUUACCUUACUGUACGGGACUGCUGCAGGUGUGCACACUGUGAUUGUUUUCGCGUGAGGGAAAGCAGUGGGGGGAAAAUUGAAAUCAGCUGACUCUUAACAAAACGUAACAGCGUGUGACUUUUGCCGGUUCAACGGUUCCGGGAUUGGCGAAAUCGAAAGUGAGGUUAGUUUCCUGCCUUAUCACGCAAGUUUCGGUAUUCUGUGGAAUGAGGGAAAGUAAGGCUUGCUACGAUUCGUGUGCGGGGUGAAUAAUGAGGCGCUACACUCUCUGCUCCGCGUGUGAACGCGCCAUUAGGGAACGAUUAAGGCGGCAGCCAAGCAGCAACCUUAACCUUAACAGUUUCUUAGGAAAAAAAAAAGAAAUUUUUAAUAAAGUGGACACGUUCUGUUUAUUCCUCGUCCUUUUCACACAGAAUUGAGUGCGAUUGUGGUUCCAGAGCUCGGAAAAGUUGCAGACAGUUAGCAGUUGGUUGAGUUUGAAUAAAAAUCCUUCGAAAUAUAAUCGCCAGUGUGAGUGGCGCAGAGAAAAAGAGAGUGCGAAAAAAGUGAAGUGCGAAUCGGAAGAAAACCAGCAAAAAAUGGCAACCGCCAGCUUGCUUUGACAGCUUAGUUUUGUUUGUCGGUAGACGGUGGCACUUGCUGCGGCGUGGCGGUUGCAUUAGAGAAAUUUUGUUUCGAUGGCUGGUGCUGCAGCUGUUCAAACAUCAACAGCGAGGGGGUGAGUUUUGGAGUUAAAAGUGUUCAGGCGGAAGCAUUUGCGGAAGAAAAAGUUAGUUUUGAUGUGCGGGUUAAUUAAAAAUAAUUGCUUGUUAAACGGUGUGACAGCGGCCGUUACAGUAGUGAAUGCGGUCGGAGCAGCAGGGUCGAUUGCUGCAUAAUUUGAGUGCACUUUUUUACGCUGUUUGUCCUUCUGAAGGCUAGGGAGGCAGUUCUUGGCUGGGAUAGCGUUCGACGGAAGGCCAAACAAUGCUAGCUAAACUAGGUGUAAAUAUAGUUAUUCUACUAGUACUAGGGAAAGAAAUCAAAGCAAGCUGGGAAGAAUGGUGGACAUACGAUGGAAUCUCAGGUCCCGCCUUCUGGGGUCUCAUCAAUCCACAGUGGAACAUGUGCAACAAAGGCCGCCGCCAGUCGCCGAUCAACGUGGAACCGGAGAAGCUAUUGUUUGAUCCCUACCUGCGGUCGCUGCACAUCGACAAACACAAGAUUUCCGGCACACUGCACAACACCGGUCAAUCGUUGGUCUUCCGGGUGGAUAAGGACACCAAGCAGCAUGUGAACAUCUCCAGUGGACCGCUCGCCUAUCGGUAUCAGUUCGAGGAAAUCUACUUCCACUAUGGGACCGAAAACAGCCAAGGCUCCGAGCAUCACAUCCACGGGUACAGCUUUCCGGGGGAGAUUCAAUUAUACGGUUUCAACAAGGAACUGUACCACAAUAUGUCGGAGGCGCAGCACAAGGCUCAGGGAAUCGUCGGCAUCUCGCUGAUGGUGCAAAUCGGCGAUACACCGAACCCAGAGCUGCGGAUAAUUACCAGCACCUUCAACAAGGUUCUGUACAAAGGUUCUACCACUCCGAUCCGACACAUCUCGCUGCGGUCGCUGUUGCCAAACACCGAACAGUACAUGACGUACGAGGGGUCCACCACGCAUCCUGGCUGCUGGGAGAGCACGGUAUGGAUCAUCCUAAAUAAGCCGAUCUACAUCACCAAGCAAGAGCUUUAUGCCUUGAGGAAGCUGAUGCAGGGCUCGGAACAGACGCCGAAGGCUCCGCUUGGGAACAAUGCUAGACCGCUGCAGGCACUGCACCAUCGAACGGUUCGAACUAACAUCGAUUUUGCUCACACGGGAGCAAGCAAGAACCAAAACUGUCCAACCAUGUACAAGGACAUGUACUACAAGGCGAACCGCUGGACGUCGGAGAUUUCGGCGCGCGGCCGUGAGCGAGGUCUUCCAGAUAUCGAUACCGUGUUCCACUCGCUGCCCUAGUGGAGCUGGCGCGGGGGUGGCACCAACUCUCCCAACUGAACCCUACACUACACUCGAGACACUGACACGCACAUACACACAAACACACCUUAACGGCAUUAACCGCUGAGCACCUAGAUAAAUCCUAGCAAUGAUUGAAUGAUGUGAAACAAAAAGAAAACCAGGCAAAGAAUGGGUCAAUACUUUUAUAUUGUGGACUGUCGAGUGAUUGAACGCUAGCGACAAUUAGACUAACGUAACGGUAAAAGUAUAUUCACUGAAAACCAACAUCUAUUGUUAUUAGAACAGAUUACUUUAGAACGACUGGUGCGUAAUAAAUGCCAAAAUAAAAACAAAAAGAGGACAGCAGAGGGAUUUUACACGAGUUUACCCAGUUUUAGAUUUGGGUUUCACUUAAUGUUUUCUACGAAAAUUAGAAUGAAGUUUCCUCUUUACUUCUUUUUCGAUUUUGAAUUUGAAAUUAAAUAUGGUUUUGGAAAAAUUCACUUCAAUAUCUGGACUCAAUUUUUUUUUUAGUGCUCAAGUUCACUUAUCUUUUUGCAAACAUGCUAGGGAGAAAUUUGCGUAAAAUCCCCCAGCAGUGACACGAGCAGGACGUUCUACCUUUAAACCGGCAGGAAGACAAAGAAAAAAAGGCCGAUAUAUACAACAUACAUAUAUAUAUAUUCACGGAGCCCUCUCUGGGGUGGACAAUAAUUAAACGUUUACAAUUCUCUGCGACACGAACACCGAACUCUACAAAUUAUCAAUCAAAGAAAUCGAAUUUUUUGUCUAAAUCUACAGCAAGAUAGCGGGAGCGGACGCGAGGCGCUUGAAGUUUUUUAGGAAGAAAAUAAACCCUCAUUUUUUUGGUAGCAAAACAAAAUCUCUAAGUCCACCCUAACAACGGUGACGCUUCGCGGGCUGGUGGGUUAGUUCCGAACGCAGCAAAAUGGUAGAUUAAAUUUUGUAAAUAUCAAUGCAUCAUAUAAUCCACACGAGCGAAAAUGCCAACCAAGAAAAAAAACAACAGAUUAGAUACAAGAAAAGUGCUUCAAACGACUACUAAGCAUAACAAUAUUAACUCUACCUACAUUAACAGUACUUAUCUAGGCAGAAAACCGUAGCAAGAGGCGAAGGAAGAAGUAAAAACCUUAACCAAAUGUGAACAAUUAACACAAGAAAACGUAAGCUAAAAGUAGUUUUUCUAACGGGAUGCCUAAAUAAAUAUUUAACAGAGAAAACAAACUGAACUAUCAAAGCUGUAAAUUACAUGUUUGUUCUAAAGCCAUGUUCAUUUCCUUAGGUUAUCUGUACAUUUUUUACAUAAACUAAAACUAAAUAAAAAAAAACUGCUGCAAAGUGGCGUAUGUGACAAUUAUUGAAAAAAAUCGCUCGCUCGAAUUCCGAACCACAGUUGGCUAUGAGUUGCUGCUGAUGCUGUUGCUGUUGUUGUUGUUUUCUCUUCAAUAAGGAGUACGAGCGAGCGCCCGUCAAUCAAAACAAAAAGCAUCAAUUAAAACAAAACGUGUAGGUAAAUUCGUAGGAGAAUGCAAACAAGCCGAUUGCUGUUAUUACGACUGUUACGCUUGUCGAAAUUAAAUAACCAGAAAAAUUAAGCUACACCACAACCCUCCACAAAUCAUUCAGUCUGUCUGUCGAAGUAGAGUCAAUCGAACCUUCAGUAUAACCUAAGGAAGGAUAAAAACGAGACAGAACAAAACAAACACACGGACUCUGUAAGAAAUUAAAAGCAAAAAUAAUAACUGCAACUGUUUUUUUGCUAAUAAAA